AUGAUCACACUAACGUUGGCAGCACUGGCACUGAUCUUGCUAGUAGCUUUUCUUGUGAAGGAACUAUGGCGUCCGUCGAACUAUCCUCCGGGCCCCAAAUGGUUACCGAUUGUCGGAAACACUCCGCUAGUACGCAAGAUGGCGGCUGAGAAUGGUGGAUUGUUGUCGAACGUGUGCGACAAGUUGUCGGAAACGUAUCAAAGCAGCGUCAUUGGGUUGAAACUUGGUCGGGAGCGUGUGGUAUUUGGUUUGGGAUACGAAGAUGUGAAGGACAUUUUGUGCAACGAAGCUUUCCAGGGUCGUCCAGACAAUUUCUUCAUCCGAUUGCGUACACUAGGGACAAGAUUGGGUAUCACUUGUACGGAUGGUGCUUUUUGGAAUGAGCAGAGAAGCUUCGUCACACGGCAUUUGCGUCUUGUAGGAUAUGGACGCCAGGCGAUGCAUGCUCAGAUUCAAACGGAACUAAACGAAUUGUUGGAGGUGCUCGAGGCCCGUAUUGAACAGCCCAUUUGGCCUGGAUCGAUUCUCGCCAUCAGUGUUAUCAAUGUGCUUUGGACGAUCGUAACAGGCACACGAGUACCGCGAGAAGAUGAUCGAUUGCAGAGACUACUGCAGUUGCUGCAGGAACGUUCCAAAGCCUUCGACAUGUCCGGUGGAACAUUGAACCAGCUACCAUGGCUACGCUUUAUCGCACCUGAAUGGAGUGGCUACAAUCUGGUGCGUCGCUUCAACAAGCAACUGACGGAAUUCUUCACGCCAACAAUCGAGCAGCAUCAUCAGAACUUUACGGAGGAUAAAGCAGUAGACGAUCUUAUCUACGCGUACAUUAAGGAAAUGCGCGAUCACAAGGAUGCAUCCGUUACCAACUUUACCGACGUGCAGUUGACGAUGAUCAUAUUGGAUAUUUUCAUAGCAGGUGGCCAAACAACGAGCACAACGCUGGAUCUGGCAUUCAUGAUGAUGAUUAUGCGUCCGGAUGUGCAAGAAAAGGUGCACGAGGAAAUUGACAACCAGCUGGAAUCGAAUGGAACACCCCAUUAUGACGAUCGUCACACGUUACCGUAUGUGGAGGCAUUCUUGCUGGAGGUUCAUCGUUUCUUCAGCAUUAUUCCAGUGAAUGGACCAAGGCGCGCCCUAACUGAUUGCACUCUUGGGGGCUACCGAGUACCGAAAAACACCACGGUUUUCAUGGGAGUUCGCAACGUGCACAUGGACCCGGAGCACUGGGGUGAUCCGGAAGUAUUCCGACCGGAACGAUUCCUGAACGAGGAACGACAAAUCGUCAACACUGAGCGUGUGUUGUCGUUUGGCCAGGGAAAACGUCGUUGUCUCGGUGAAACAUUGGCCCGCUCCUGUCUGUUUACGUUCUUUGUGGGUGUAAUGAAGCGGUUCUGUUUGGUCAAACCGGACGUUGCUGCGGAGGAAUCCGACAUGGAACCGUCCUUGACGCUUAAGCCAGGAAUAACGCUCUCAGCGAAACCUUAUAACGUAGUGUUUCAACCACGAAAGAGAACAGAGAUGAAUAUUUGCGAUGAAUAA